AGUUUUCCCUGGUAAUCUCCUUUAAACACAAAAAAAUGAGUAUAAGAAGCGUAGGAGAGAAGAAAGGAUCAGGGAGAAAAACGUAAUUUGGGUGGUGCGAAUUUGCAUUUACUCGAGAGCGAGCAAUGUUUGUCUGAUAUGCAAAUGCAAAAUCGCGCACCGCAACGCAGAAACUGAAACAGUUGCGUGCGUUACAUUGAUUUGUUCGUCUAUUUGCAACUGCAUUGCACCACCACUUCAAACAAGAGAAUCAAUUUCCCUUUAUUACUACUAUUUUAUCUUUUAUUUUAUUUUUAUUUCGCAGCUCAAUGAUUGCGUUGUAAUUUUUUAUUUUCGAUAAAUAAAUAAAAAGUGAAAGGUGAAUUUGAUAAAAGCAUGAGUAGUGUUAAUGGAAGCGCUUCUUCACAAAGCAACAAUGGAAUCAGUAGUAGUAGUAGUAGUAAAAUGGAAGGUUGGUUAUACCUUAUACGCUGUAACCGUUUUGGACUUCAGUUUUCUCGGAAGCGUUACUUCGUUCUCGAUGAUCAUCUUCUUCGUAGCUUCAAAUCUGUUCCCAAUUCCAACGAUCAGGAUCCUGUUAGAAGUGCAAUUGUUGAUUCGUGCAUUCGUGUAAUGGAUAAUGGGAGGGAGAGUAUUAACAGAAAAGUGUUUUUUAUAUUCACACUCUAUAACACUUCUAAUCACAAUGAUCAAUUAAAGUUAGGAGCAAGUAGUCCUGAAGAAGCGGCGAGGUGGAUUCAGUCCUUUCACGAAGCGUCUUUAAAGCUAUUGCUGUUGCAGGGUGCUCCAGAAGCUGUUGGAUGUUCCAAGCGGAGAUGGCAAUCCUUUAGCUUAAGUGGAUCUUCCAGUAGAAAUCACCAAAAUUCUGUAGACUGGACACUUUCUUCUUCUGAUGUUAUUGCCCCAUCACCUUGGACAAUCUUUGGCUGCCAAAAUGGUUUAAGACUAUUCAAGGAAGCAAAAGACAGGGAUUCUGGUGGGAAGAAAUGGGAUGAUCACCCUGCAAUAAUGGCUGUUGGCGUGGUAGAUGGAACUUCAGAAGCCAUUUUCCAGACUCUUAUGUCACUUGGUCCUUCAAGAUCAGAAUGGGAUUUCUGUUUCUACAAGGGGAAUGUAGUCGAGCACCUGGAUGGUCACACCGACAUUAUUCACAAGCAGCUAUAUAGUGAUUGGUUGCCUUGGGGAAUGAAACGAAGAGAUCUUUUGUUACGGCGCUAUUGGAGGAGAGAAGAUGAUGGAACCUAUGUUAUUCUUUACCAUUCCGUGUUUCACAAAAAGUGUCCUCGCCAGAUAGGCUAUGUCCGUGCCUGCCUUAAAAGUGGAGGGUAUGUUAUAUCACCUGCGAACAAAGGAAAGCAAUCUGUUGUAAAGCAUAUGCUUGCUAUUGAUUGGAAAUGCUGGAGAUCUUAUCUUAAAUCCUCAUCAGCAUACUCCAUGACCAUUCAAAUGCUUGGGAGAGUUGCCGCAUUACGAGAGUUAUUUAGAACCAGACAAGGGAAUUGCACUUUGUCUGAUUAUUCAUCUGGAGAGUUGACAAGAAACACCAGCUCUGAUACUCAAAUACUGGCAGAUGAGAACAGUCAUGAUAAUUCGAUUGGAGAAGUAGAUCCAACACAAUCAGAGCAUGCGAGCCUUGUUAGUCUAAAUGAUGCUGAUGAUGAGUUUUAUGACGUUAUGGAACCAUCAAACUGUGAUGAGUCAGAAAAUGAAUGGUUGACUGAAUGUAGUUACCAGAAGUCUCAGGACAGUCGCCACCAGAAAUUUUCUACUGCUGCUAAUUUUGUGAGAAAAUUGCACGAUCUUGCAGUUCAGAAAAAGGGCUACGUGGAUUUGCAAGAGAUGGUUAGGGAAGAUAGUAUUACAUGCCCGUAUGGGUCCACUCUUCUAAAAGAUCCUACUUGUACAUUACCUUGCAGUUUGACAGAAGCAGAUCCUUCUACUUUCCUGAUUCGCGGAGAAAAUUAUCUCGAAGACCACCUUAAGAUUAAAGCAAAGGGGACCUUGAUGCAAAUGGUUGCUGCAGACUGGUUGAGAUCUGACAAAAGGGAAGAUGAUCUUGGUGGCCGUCCCGGGAGCAUUGUGCAGAAAUAUGCAGCACAAGGUGGGCCUGAGUUCUUCUUCAUUAUAAACAUCCAGGUUCCAGGUUCUACAACAUAUAGCUUGGCACUGUACUAUAUGAUGAACACGCCUGUGGAAGAUUCCCCUAUGCUUGAGAGUUUUAUCAAGGGUGAUAACGCUUUCAGAAAUUCAAGAUUUAAACUUAUACCAUACAUAUCUAAGGGUUCGUGGAUAGUAAAACAGAGUGUGGGAAAGAAGGCAUGCUUAGUUGGACAAGCUCUGGAGAUCAAUUAUUUCCAGGGAAAGAACUAUUUGGAACUUGGGAUUGAUAUUGGAUCAUCAACUGUUGCAAGAGGUGUUGUGAAUCUUGUACUUGGGUACCUCAACCAUUUGGUUAUUGAGAUGGCAUUUUUAAUACAGGGAAAUACACGUGAAGAGCUUCCUGAGUUUCUUCUUGGAACCUGCCGCCUUAACCAUCUGGAUGCCUCUAAAUCAGUUUGUCUGAAGCCUUGAUUUUUCAAUGAGACUUCUGAGACAACUAACAAGUACCUUUUGGAGGAGGGAAUUCCAAGUUGCAAAUUGUAGAUAAUUGAUAUUCUAGAUUCUUGUCUCCAUAUACCCCCGUUUCAAGAAAUCAUAUCAAUUUGAAUCUCGCAGCAGUUUAUGCUGUUGUGAGCAUUGUUAGGACCGAUUGUCUGGUAGGACAAAUCGUUGUAAAAUUCUAAUAAGUUGCAUUUGUUUAUUAAAAUUGAUUUUUUCUUUCUUUUUGAUUUAAAUGAAUCAUUCUUUGGCAAAAAUGUCCUUCAUGACAACUUGUUUUAUGAAAGUAACAGUCAUCUGAAAA